UUCAAUAUGUCAGCCCCCUGCUCUUGAGCGUGGAUUGAGCAUGUGGCAUUGUUUUGGUUGAGCAGCGCUGUCACUUCACAUUCGAUAUGUCUCGAAUUGUCGUGAAAAACCUUCCUAAAAAGAUCAAAGAAGACCGGCUUCGGGAGUUCUUCUCUACCAAAGGAACGGUGACCGAUCUGCAACUCAAGUACACGAAAGAAGGUGUCUUCCGACGUUUUGCUUUCGUGGGAUUCAAAGAUGAGGCCCAGGCCGCUGCUGCCAAGGAGUACUUCAACAAUUCAUACCUGGACACUUCCAAGCUUCAGGUGGAGCUCUGUGCUGCACUGGGUGAUUCCCAGAAGCCUCGCUCGUGGAGCAAGUACUCUGCAGACAGCUCAGCCUACCAACGUCUCCACCCGGAGGCAAGAAAGCCCAAGCCAGUCAAGGAGCCGUCACCAAGGAAAAGUUUUGCAGAUGAAUUCUUGAAAGAUCUGGAAGGCAAUGAGGAGUUUGAAGAGUUCCUUCAAGUGCAUGGCACGCACAACAAAGCCACCUGGGACAAUGACACAUGUGCUCCAACUGCUGACGGAGAUGCCAAGAAAGUCAAGCCAGCCAAGGUUUUGCCGCCUUCCGACUCGGUAGCCAGUGACAAGGAGGACCAAGACGAAGAGGAAGCUGAAGAUGUCUCCAACAAGACUCCUGCAAGCAAUGAGACCAAGAAGAGUGACAUGCAGCAAGUUCCGCAGCAAAAACAAAAGCCCAAGCUACCAGUACAAGAGUUUGCCUACACAUUGAAGGUCAAGGGGCUUCCUUACAAGUGCAAAAGGAAACAAAUCAAGGACUUCUUCAAACCUGCCAAGGUGGCCAGCAUGCGACUUCCACCGAGGGUCAAAGGCAUUGCCUACCUGGGCUUCCAGAAGGAGCAGGAUAUGAAGCAAGCACUGAACAAGCACCACAGCUUCAUGGCUGGACACAGGAUAGAUGUCACGAAGUAUGCAAAGCAGACAGUACCUGAGAAAAAAUGGCGAAAGUUUGAAGAUUUGGGUAACCCACAGGAGACACUGGCAGAUACGGGGCGCAUUUUCAUUCGGAACCUGUCCUACACAAUUACCGAAGAAGAGCUGGAGGAACUCUUCAGGAAAUAUGGCCCUCUGGAAGAACUGCACCUCUCCAUUGACCGUGUGACACGUAAGCCCAAAGGAUUUGCUUUUGUCAGCUUUCUCUUUCCCGAGCAUGCAAUCCGGGCCUUCACUGAACUGGAUGGCCAGAUGCUUCAGGGCCGGCUUCUCCAUCUGCUGCCGGCCAAGGCUAAGAAGUCUGAAGAAGAGGAGGGUCAGGGAACGGAAGCCAAGUCUUACAAAGACAAAAAAGAAGCGGAGCUCAAAAAGUCCAGCGGGAGGAGUCACAACUGGAACACCCUUUUCUUAGGAGCCAACGCCCUUGCCGAUGUCAUAGCUGAACGUUAUGCCACCUCUAAGCAAGAACUGCUUGGCACGGAAACAGGCGAGAGCGUGGCUGUGCGCAUGGCCUUGGGCGAAACACAAGUAGUGGCCGAGACGCGGGAGUUCCUCGAGAGCAAUGGUGUGGUGCUGGACGCGUUCAGCCGGCCAGCCGCUGAGCGCAGCAAGACCGUCAUUCUAGUCAAGAACCUGCCAGCCAAGACACCACCCAAAGACCUCCACAACGUCUUUGGAAAGUUUGGUAUCCUGACCAGAGUGGUCCUCCCACCUUGGGGAGUAACAGCUCUGAUCGAGUUCCAGGAUCCCACCGAAGCACGAGCUGCGUUUCGGCGGCUCGCUUACUCAAAGUUCAAGCACGUACCCCUGUACCUGGAAUGGGCGCCCACUGGUGUGUUUUCUACUGAGAAGAAGAGUGCAGACACAUCAAACGCCAAGGCGGAGCUGAAGGCAGAGGCUGUGGAGCAGAAGCAUGCUCAGCAACCUGCGGAGGAAGAGGAAGCAGAGGAGGAAGAAAUGCCACCAGAGCCAGACACAACCCUGUUUGUCAAGAACCUCAACUUCUCCACCACCGAGCAGACUGUCAGAGAGCAUUUCGAGCAGUGUGGCCCUGUUCAUGAAGUCACCAUUGCAAAGAAGAAGGACACCAAAAAUCCAGGCCAGCUUCUGUCCAUGGGCUAUGGCUUUGUGCAGUUCAAGCAGCAACAGGCAGCAAAACAGGCGCUCAAGCAGCUGCAACACUCCAAGCUGGACGGACAUGCUCUCGAGCUCAAGAAGUCCGUGAGGGCCACCACCAAAGAGGAUGUGGCGGCCGCCCAGCGCAAAAAGGUGACGGAUCUCGGCAAGGAAGGCAGCAAGAUCCUGGUGCGCAACAUCCCUUUUCAGGCCAACGAGAAGGAGGUGAAGGAGCUCUUCAGCGUGUUUGGAACCCUGCGAUCUGUCCGGUUACCCACGAAGCUUGCUGCUGGUGGUCGUCAUCGGGGCUUUGGCUUUGUUGACUUCCUCACCAAAAAUGAUGCCAAGCGUGCGUUUGAGGCCCUGUGCCACAGCACCCAUCUGUACGGCAGGCGCUUGGCACUUGAGUGGGCUGCCACGGAUGACCAGGAGGUGGACACGCUGCGCAAGAAGACUGCUGACCACUUUCUCCGCGGCGGUCCUUCGAGCAAGCGCCUCAAGAAAUCCGAUCUGAUGGCCACGCUGGACGCUUCCGGUCAGCAGCCUGAUGCCGACUGGAACCUCUAGCUUUACCUGAAGGCCUCAUUCCGCUGCACGCAACUGUAUAAACAGACGCGAACAGGACUUCCAGGCAAAGGCUGCAGGAUUUCCUGUCGCUGUGCGUGGACUUCGUUGUCCGCUUGUAUGUCACUGAGAGAUCGUUUCACUGCGCCACGUAUCGGUGUCAUCAACGCUGCCGGAGCUUGUGUCAAGAUGUCCUUCUGCAACGUAUUUUGCGCUCCGUUCCAUGGCUGUCCCAGUUUCUCUGCUCGUCAUUUGUGCAGGGGCAUCAGCAACAACGAAGAAAAAAAAAAGGAAGAAAGAAACGGGCAUUGGGGCCUUCAAACCUUUGCAGGCGCGUAUUAAUCAGGUGCGAAGUGUGUGUGAGCGUCUGUACAGGUGGAGAAAUAAGUGGGCGAAGCUCCAGCACAACGCAAGCACGCGAUUACUUUUUGCGCCAGCAGAAUCUACGUCAUCAUCUGGAUAUCGGUGCGCACAGUCUGGCUCGUCACCUGAUCACUUGAGUUCUUGCCGGCGUGCUUUGCUAUUUCGUCAACACUUCGCAAGAUUCUUUUAAGCAAAACAUGUCCGUCAAUGCAUUUUGUAUAGUGAGAUCUCUGGGAAUAAGAUAACAUGGUGGAAAUAAAAACGAUGUUUUUUUUUU